UAUGAUUUCGAAUCCUAUGAUUGAAUCCGAUUAGAACAAUUAACAAACCAGAAGUGGACAGUCCUAGGGAACUUAUUAAUUGGUAAAAUCUAGUUAAAUCGAACUUUCUGUGAGAAAUAAACUUAUUGAAAAGGAAACAGAAUAUCCAAAAGUGCCAUAAUCAAGAAAAACAGAAAAAUUACUUUGCACUUAAUGUAAUCAAGUUGUAGAAUCUGAUGUUUAAUAUGAAAUGGGUAGAUGUAGCUAUAUUGUAAUGAUUAUCCUAAUUGCUGGUUUAAUUACAGCUAUUUUUGCUUUCCUUCCAUGCUUACUUGAUAAUUGUAAAGAUGCUAAACAUAAGUGUUCCAAAUGUGCUAAACUUAUUGGUACGAAAUAAUUUAUGUGUGGAUGA